AUGUAUCGUUUGUGGUCUCUGCUGUUUUUAAUAGUUUUAUCAGUCUUUUCGAGUCAGGAACUCGGCAAUGAUCCUAGCAUUUUAGCUAGUUUUGAAGAUGAUGACUCCAUAAAGAGCUGCUUGGUUCUGCAUGACGAAAAUUGUCCCAAUCCCAAUAUUAACUUUUGGCUUUUUACCAAAGCAAAUCCGAAUGGAAUGGAGCUCUCAGAGGAUAAUCUUUCCGAAGAUCAAUUUGUGUCCCUAAAACCGCUUAAAGUGCUCAUCCAUGGAUUCGAUGGGCACCGAUAUUAUACUCCCAACAACCAGCUACGCCCUCAGCUUAUUGAGCUAGACAUCAAUGUGAUCUCCGUGGACUUUCCACGACUGGUCAGUGCACCCUGCUACUCAGAGGCGGUACAUAAUGGCAAAUAUGUGGGUCGUUGUACAGCCCAGUUUCUAAACAAACUCCUGGAAAAGAAAUUGGUUGAGAUUAAGGAUCUGCAUUUAAUUGGCUUCGGCUUGGGGGCACAUGUGGCAGGGUUCGUUGGCAACUUUAUGCCCAAUUACAAGCUGGAGCACAUUACGGCUCUCGAUCCGGCCAAAGCAUAUUACCUGGACAACGAUACGGCUGAAAAACUGGAUCCCAGUGAUGCCAAAUUCGUGGACGUCUUGCAUACUGACGUAAUGAUGUUGGGCUUAUUGGAACCAUUGGGUCACGUGGACUUUUAUUUAAACAUGGGCGUAUCGCAGCCCAAUUGUGGACCUAUUAACAAGAUGGAGACCCAUUUCUGCUACCACAACCGAUCGGCGGAGUACUACGCGGAGUCUAUUACGACACCUUUAGGAUUCGUUGGUUUCUACUGUCCCAGCUUUAAAAGCUACGUGACGGGGGUGUGUGUACCCAAGAACGAUACAGAGUUGAUGGGCUUCUAUGCCCGACCGAAGGCCAGGGGCAGGUACUUUUUGGACACAAAUAUGGUGCCGCCCUAAGCAAAGGGUAAAAACUUCAAGGAUCUCAACCGUCAACUAAAAGGACGCUCAUUUCUGAACGAUGAUAUCUUAGAAAGGCUCUUUGACGCCAGGACGGAAAUGUAA